CAGAUCAGGAACAAGCUGCAGCACCUCAGCUGCAGUAGUUUCUCCCAUCACAACACCAGUCUGGCCGCAGAGAGAGGGGACAAUACUUGGAUAAAUUUAGCUCAGGGUCCCAGACAUCCACAUUGCUGCUGACAUGUCCGCGUGCUGUCAUCCCGAACCCCAGCGCGUGCGCUAGUACAGUCCACUGCAGCUGACGUCACAUCCAGCAUGGCCGUCAAGGUGCAAGCCACAAGAAGAGCUGACCCUAAUGAGUUGAAGACAAUUUUUCUGAAGUAUGCCAGCGUGGUGGAGGAUGGGGAGCAUUACAUGACCCCCGGAGACUUUGUGCAGAAUUACUUGGGUCUGCACACGCAGCCGCAACACAACCCCAAAACUGUGGAGCUGAUAGCCGGAGUGGCCGACACCACCAAGGACGGACUGAUCUCUUUCCAGGAGUUUCUGGCCUUUGAAUCGGUUCUGUGUGCCCCUGAUGCCCUCUUCAUAGUGGCCUUUCAGUUGUUUGACAAGACUGGCACAGGAAACAUCUCUUUUGAGAAUGUCAGAGACAUCUUCAGCCAGACGACAGUCCAUCACCACAUCCCCUUCAACUGGGACUGUGAGUUCAUCCGGCUGCACUUCGGCCACGAGAGGAACAAGAAUCUCAGCUACGCAGAGUUCACUCAGUUUCUGCAGGAGCUGCAGCUGGAGCACGCUCGCCAGGCGUUCGCACAGAAGGACAAGAAGAAAAGUGGCACCAUCACUGCCUUGGACUUCAGCGACAUCAUGUCCACCAUCAGGCACCACAUGCUGACUCCUUUCGUAGAAGAAAACUUGGUUUCAGCUGCAGGAGGCAGCACCUCCCACAUGGUGAGCUUCUCCUACUUCACUGCCUUCAACGCCCUCCUCAACAGCAUGGAGCUGAUCCGCAAGAUUUACAGCACCCUCGCCGGCUCUCACAAAGAAACCCUCGUCACGAAAGAAGAGUUUGUUCACGCUGCGAAUAAGUUUGGUCAAAUCACUCCUAUGGAGAUAGACAUCCUGUUCCAGCUCGUCGGCCUCCACUCUCACUCUGGGCGGCUGAACAACGCAGACAUCGAGCGAGUCGCGCCGCUGGAGGAAGGAGCCAUGCCGUACCACCUAGCUGAGACUCAGAGACAGCACGCUCACGAAACGUCUCGGCCCAUCUGGCUCCAGGCUGCAGAGUCCGCCUACAGGUUUACCCUGGGCUCAAUCGCUGGAGCCACCGGCGCCACUGCCGUGUACCCCAUCGACCUGGUGAAGACUCGGAUGCAGAACCAGCGCUCCACGGGUUCCUUCGUAGGAGAGCUGAUGUACAAGAACAGCUUCGACUGUGCGAAGAAAGUGCUGCGCUAUGAGGGCUUCUUUGGAUUUUACAGAGGUCAUUACAUUUCCAUAAAUACUUUUUAAAAUUUUUUUAACAAC